UGUACACUGUGGUACACUGUGGUAGCUAGUUUCAAACGCUUCUGUCGCGUGGUGUGUGGUACAUCGACGACCAGUCGUAAUCGUUGUCCUGUGAUUUGGGACGGGCGUUUUUGCGCAGCUCCAAAGGACCAAAGGAGGAAAUCUGUUGGUGUUCAGCGGAAAGAGGAAGCAUCUCUAACGAUGAAGUUCUACUGGAUAGCCGGUGGUGUGGCUAUACUGCUCAUCUGGACCACAGCAUGGAUCAAUGUCUCAGCUCAGGUUCCUGGCAUCAAUUAUGAAGCGUGUGGUGACACGGAGACUUUCAAUAGCACAAACAUAACGGUGAAUCCGGGCUACGUUAGCCAGGUAUCACCGGCCAACGGUAACUUUGAGUUGAGCAGCGACAAUGAGAUUGGACUUCCGGUGGAUGGCAGAGACGGUGAUAGCCCGUACCUUGUGUUCGAGCCUUACCAGGCUCAGGAAACACUCCUGUUGCCGGGAGCAACGGCAAGGUUCAGCCUGGGCUUUCUGCCGCGUCCGAGUUACGGAGUGGCGUGCACCGCUAGCUUCUACUACCAGCAGCGUGGGCACAGUCGCCUGGUGGUCUACCAGGAGAACAACGGUGUGCCAGAGCCCGUCUGGGCGUCCAAUAAGGACACGCCACCCGGCCAGUGGGUCCUAGUGCGCACCAAGAUUCCCGCCACCAUGUUCUCCGCCUCUCAUUUUUUCAUCGAGGCCACCAUGGGUUACCCCAGCAACGGCGUAUUUCCGUACAUUGCCUUCGACGAUGGUCAUUGGCCGAUCGAAUGCUGUGGUCAACACAAUUGCUCCUCGGGGUCCUUUCCCUGUGAUCAAAGUGGGGACGAUUGCAUUCUUACAAACCAGACAUGCGACGGCGAGAAGAACUGCAUGAACGGAGAAGACGAGGUUGGAUGCGAUCUUGUACAUGUUCAGCAAAGGCCAGACUCUUGCUCCCAUCCCUGUACACUGACCGACCUACCAGAGACUGUACUCCAGGCUGCCACGGUGACACGAGGACCAGGCUGGAACUUUGGAAACGAAGACGGUGGCUUCUAUGGCAGUACAGGACGUGUGUACAAUGCUACGUACUUCCGACAGACUGGCUGGUUAUCAGUGCAGUGGACCUCCGGUGUCAUACUGCAGUAUAGGAUGAAUGCACCAGUACCUCCUUUGUGCCUCUCAUGGAGCCCUUCGUACCCCGUUCCCUGUCCAGCUGGUCCGGGACCCAACCCUGGACCGCCAUCGAGCGGGUCCGGUGGAAGCUCGAGUUCCGGCAGUGGUUCAGGUGACGACAGCAGCGGAAUGAACAACCCGUUCGACCUCUGCGAAAGGCCGGCAAGCUUUGAUAACUUACCCAGUUCAUCAGUGUUUAGCCAUCUUCAGAGUCAGGAUGACCACUUCGACUGGGACCUGACCAACAGUGGGCAGGCACACCCUGGAGAGCCAGUCACAGAUGUUUCCCGGACUGGUGGCUAUUUGAUUGCCAGGUCAGAUGCUGGUGCUGGAGUGAUCCGUCGUCUCGGAUCCACUGCCUCGUUCGUCACACCACGCCUAUCUGGACCUCGCGGUGGCUGUACAUUUGUCAUUCACUAUUACAUUGAAGGUAACAAUCGUCUCAACGUGUUCCUACUAUCAAAUGGACAUCGUAUUGGACCAGUUAUCUAUAGUAACUCAACCAGUACACGGGGGAAAUGGGAACGUAAAUCUAUCACAUUGCUUACCCACCUCACUUCCAAUCUACAGAUUGAGUUUGAAGCGGUGAUGGGAGAUGGUGGAUAUGUAGCUCUCGACUCUGUCUCCUUUCCCUGGGCAUGCUGUGGUCUAUCACGCUGUGCUGAGUUUAAUCAGUACAGCUGCCAGGAGAACAUCACCCUGGAUACGGCAGGACGAUUACUGCCAAGUGGACAGAACGAGACGUGUAUUGACACGAGUCUAGUCUGUUCCGGUGCACAUCCUGAACGAUGUCCGAACGGACUCGACCAUUUCUUCUGCUACCCGAGAGGACCUGGACAGCUGCCUUCCGCAUGCCCCGGCAACGUCAACUACAGCACGUGCUCGCUAACACAGAUCGUUCGUCAGCUUCAGACGCGUGUGCCGAUCCACGUAACCCGUGGUUACCACUGGAUGUACGGCAACGAGGACGGUGGAAGUGGUGGUCAGGGCCUUAUAAUGAAUUUGAAUAAUCUGGAAAAUAGCGGAUAUGUUCAAGUUUACUGGAUGCAGACUGGACGAAGCGGAGUGUACCGAUUCGGAGCUAGAGGGCGCUUUGACCUCUGUAUUCACCCAAUGUCCAGCUCCCCAAUGACGUGCAAUGACUUUCUGCCUACGACUGCUACCCAAAUGCCCACGGCUGCACCACCACACACGGACACACCUGCAACAGGGCAACCUCCCCAGUGUCCUUCACCAACAGAUUAUAACGGUUGGCUGAAUGACCUUGCUGAAUGGAGGCGACUUUUCACUGCUUGGAAGCAAGAGACAUCAUCAUCGUUCUGCUCCCGUCUGACUUCACCCACACCAACUGCUGCUGAUCCGUAUGGCAGUCCCACAGCUAUGCCGGCUAUGCCAGCUCCAUAGCCACUGUCACCGAGACCUAGCUAGCUGCUGGCUUGAGCCUGCCACCAUCAAUAGAGCACCUGUGCUUAAUAACACAUGCAGGAUAGUGGACACGUUGAUACUGCCGCUGUGUGCGGUGUAGUUGUGGGCACGUUGAUGCUGCUGCUGUGUGCAGCGUACCUUGCAUGAGUGGCUGAAGGCUCGGCGGAAGGAUGUGUACGUUUGCAUUACUGCGGUGUCCCUUUUCUCUGUGUCUCUUUCUGUGUCUCUUUCUCUUUCUGUAUAUCUCUCUCUCUCUCUCUCUCUCUCUCUCUCUCUCUCUCUCUCUCUCUCUCUCUCUCUCUCUCUCUCUCUCUCAGCACUUUGUCGCCUCACUUUUCAACUUGUGCUUCUGUGAUGUCCUCAGGUAGCAACCAUGGUUGAAAAUGAGCUCUUGUAUGCAUGGGUGCUGUGGACUCAUGAUUAGAUACACCUUGAGCAGCUAUCUUGCAUGGUCCAGUCGCCAAUCUCUGUAGAAUAUGCAGUUUGGGCUACACAUGCAGCAGUAAGGGGUGCAUGGAUCGAUACUGCACAACUGCUUAGCGCCCUUCAUUAUUGCUUCAUGUUGAUCUUUUCUAUUGUUUGCAUUGCGAUGACGUCACUGUUUGCAUUGCGAUGAUGUCAUGCACUACAAAAGUAUAGAGCCUGAGUGCUGCCUGAGGUUAUACGAUGAUGUCAUGGUGGUGAACUAGCAGUUUUGUUUAUGGCCGCUAAUUAGCAAGUACA